AUGGCAGAGACCAAGGCCGGGCGGAAGGAGACCAUCAGCGAGAGCUCGGUUACCGUGACAACCGAAGCGAGCCGUAGCGGGGAGAACCGUAGCGUCACCUUUAAACUUCGGAAGCCGAAGCCGGACAAGAAGGUGGAGUGGACUACUGACACUGUGGACAAUGAGCACCUGGGCCGCCGUUCAUCCAAGUGCUGUUGUAUCUACAAAGAGCCUCGGGCCUUCGGCGAGAGCUCCACGGAGAGCGAAGAUGAGCACGAUGAAAGCUGUGGCCACACUCACUGUAUUCGGGGCCACCGGAAGGGACAGCGUGGCCCCACCACCGGCCGGCCCCCAGCCGCGCUUACCCUCCUCGCUGACCCCUCCCAGGCCUCGCCUGAUCCCUUUGCUGGAGGGAAUGGGGAAGGGAGGACGCGCAAAAAUCCUGGAGUCCUGACGUGGCUGCUGUUGGAGAACCCAGGCCUCUAG